AACAAGCACAGAAUGGUUCAUCUUCUGAUUAGUAAAUAUUUGAAUGAAGUGACAUUCACAACAGUACUGCUGUGUGCUGUAUCAUUGUACGAGGGAGUAACAUCUGCGGUUGUUCAAGGUGAGAGGUAUCGUGGUCCCAUUGUCCAGGUGUUGGAGAUCAUUGGACAACAGCAGUGUGUCCGGGAAUGUAGACACAGACCCAAGCUAUGUCGGGGAGUCAACUAUCGGAAACAGGAACUGCUGUGUGAACUCGUGUCGGCCAUCGUCAAAACGGAAACCAAUCCUGACUAUGUUAGAAUUGAACUCAAUCAGACUGUAAAUGAAUUAGAAAUGAACCAGGAAUGUCUGGCGUGCUCCUCAGACGAUCAGUGUGUGACGCUUUCCAGUAAGAAAGUCCAUUGCAUUCGAGCUCUGCUAGGUCUUGCAUUGGGCAAACAUACGAAACAGUCGUCAACACUUGGAGCCUAUGGGGCUGAAUAUGCAGUGGAUGGCAACAAAGGUACAGACAUAUUCAAAGACAUGUGUACACACACAGCUGAAAACGACACCAAUCCCUGGUGGAGGGUGGAUCUACUGACUGUUUAUUCCAUCAAAUCUGUCAGAAUACUCAACAGAGGAAUAGACAGUGGUGAAGAUUAUUCAAACCGGCUUCGAAAUGUUUCCGUCACUGUAGGGCUGACUAAAUCAGACCUCAACACUCCCUGUGGUGUCUUUGCUGGUCCCGGUACUGCGUCACAGCUGGUUGUCAUCAACUGUCCGACGUCACCACAAGGGAGAUUCGUAAAGAUAUCCAAGACAACCUCGGUUCUCACUCUUUGUGAAGUUGACGUGUUCGGUGUAUCCGUAUAAUUAUCAUAAUUAUUUAUGUUUCAAGGUACACACCUGUUAUUGAUUUCACUCUAUACAUGUAACACAAUAGAGGUAAAAAAGUCUUAAAAAUCAGU